UUCCAAAAUUUCCAUCGCGUUCAAUCAAGUGUAGGCUAGCUCUGAACAGACGCACUCUGCUCAAACUACUUCCAUCAAAUGGAUUCAGACAAUCAAUUCCCCAAACCCGACCCGAAUUCGGAUCAUUCGGAUCCCACUCUCCAACGAAAACACGCAGCAAUGAUCGAACGCCUCUCAAACCUACACCAAACCCGUUUAAUCCGAAAACCCGACCCGGAAUCAAACUCCACAGCUUCCUUUCUAUCUCGUUUCUCCGAAUCCAAAAACUCAAUCGAAUCCACACUCACCCGAAUCCGUCAGACGCCCGACCCGCAUUCCGACCCGACCCUAAAACCCGAACUCGACAACGUAUCAAUGUCCAUUGCGGAUCUUGAAAAACUCGUAGCUGAAAACACUUUUUCGUUACCAUCGUAUGAAGUUCGUACGUGUCUGAAAACAAUAACAGAUUUAAAACAAUUCGUCGAACAGGUUACGGGCGAAGUAAUCCCAAGGAAGAAGUUCUCUUUUAAGAACAAGUCAACUAAGAAAAUCACAACCCAAAACGACACCGUAUCAGAUGUCCCAAAUGUGGAAUCAAAGAGCACAGGGUUUAGGGUUUUGGACUCGCCUGGAUUUAGGGGAAAAGAAAAUGAGGUGUUAGUGAAAGAAUUCAAUAAGGGUAAUGAUAAUGAAGAGAUUAGGGAAUUUGUGUUAUCAGAAUUAAGGGGUUGUGAAGUGAGACUAAUGGGGUGUGUAAGGGCAUUAUUUGUGCAUAAACUAAUUGAUUGCAAGGUAUAUGUUGGGCCUAUUUUCGGGUCGGUAUUGAUUGAAGAAGCAAUGAAUUGUGUGUUCGUGAUGGCGUCUCACCAGAUUCGUAUUCAUCAAGCUAAAGGAUGUGAUUUUUAUCUUCGAGCGAGGAGUAGGCCAAUAAUUGAGGAUAGUAAUGGUGUAAGGUUCGCACCGUAUUGUUUAAAGUAUGACGGGAUUGAGAAGGAUCUUGAGGAAGCUAAUCUUGGUGAAGAGACGGGGAAUUGGUCGAAUGUGGAUGAUUUUAAGUGGUUAAGAGCAGUGCAGUCUCCAAAUUGGUCAAUUUUGCCGGAAAUUGAACGUCUUGGAAUAAUAGAUAUUUCAAAUCGAGACCCGAAAAUUUAAAACUUUCUGCUUGAUGAGUGGUUAGUAUGUUGAACCCUCAUUGUGUAAAGUUAUAACUUUUUUUUUGGUUAUCUUCUUAAGUGUACUUGAAUCUUAGAGGAAUAAGGAUGCAUCAGCUCGAGGAGCCCUACAAGUUAGCACUGACAAGUGGGGUACAAGUUGAUCUGAAGGGAAAUUUCUCGACUUCUUGUAUUAUGUAGCCUGAACACAGUGUGAAUAAUACAUCUCAUUGGAGAGGUAUUAACGGAAA